AUGCAGAUCAAGACAAUCAUGGAGAAACAAAAACUAGAUACAGUUUUCCUUGCCACAGAUGCUCCAGAAAAUGGUAAGAUACACAUCAGGAUUUUGGGUAUCUUACGCGAUAGAACUAAAUAUUGAAAGGUUUCUGUACAUGCAAAUUUUGAGUGUUUCAUACCUAACCGGGAGCAGUUGCCGAAAAUGCAACUAUAGACCCUCUGGCAGGAAUCGAACCUGCGGUCAUGUGAUUCCAGUGCAGCGCUCUAAUCAACGCAUGGGUCACAGGUUGGAUUCUUGCCAGAGGGCGUAUAGUAUAAACCAGGGUUUUUUUCAGGGAUUUUAUAGGACCGUAAAACGGGCCCCAGAAACUCAAUCUUGAAUUGAGUUUUGAAACUCAAUCUUCUCACCAAAGUUUCAGUGAAGUAAAAAUGAAGUUGUUUGAGUUAAAUUCGUGACGUGUGGAAAUUAGUUUUCAGUUGAAAAGCCGACAAUUAAGAAAAAAUGGCUGAAUUAAUCUCACAACACAAGAAAAACUUUGCAUUCACCAUCUUUAACCAGUUUAUAGCGUCUCUUACCUUGCUUUAACACUUUGCAUCUCAACUACAUUUAUUGAGUACAGGUGUCGGGGGGGGGGGGGGGGGGGGGGGGGGGUGCAGCCACCCCAGCUGUUCAGCUAAAUAUCAAGUGUUUAAAAUAUACACUCGAAAUUUCCGUCCAAAAAAGCCUAUACGCACUCUAUGCUCGCACGACUGAAAUAUUUUCUUGAACGAGUUAAUUAUAUAUUUCAAGAGCUUCUGCCAGUUUCCACCAGUUUAUUAGAAGCAUUCAAUGAAAACCUCAGCUCAGAGAAAAUGUCUUUUGUAAUCUUGGUUUGCAUUUAGUCGUGACGAUUGUGAACAUAUGAAGGCGGAGCCGAUGCAAGAUAAUAUCGACAUAUUUCUACAAUAAGUGAAAACCGAUUUACAUAUGACAAACACAAAAACCGAGAAAGAUCCAAACUACUGUAUUUCCGAUUAGUUACCAUGACUUGAUCACGCCUAUACGUCAAGUUAGUUAGCCGACGGAAUACAUGCAUGAAACCUCCUCCCCCAUAAUACUCAAAAAAAGAAAUGACCACCAUAGGACAAGCUGAAGAUUGUAUCACCACCCACCGCCCUCCCCCAUUUUCUCUGUAUUCUACCCUAUAGAGUAUAGUGUAUAAAAUGAAUAAUGAACGGUUCUAUAUUCACUCCGGAGAUUAUGGGAAAAUCCUUGAGGUUGACCAUCGUUGUCAAUGGAUUUCUUCUGUGAUAUAAUCUUGAACAGUCUCUGCCAGUGUAGGUAGUGAUAAUACUAACAAGCGUUCGUUGUUAGCGUUUCGAAUUUCGCUUUGUAUUCUUCAGGUAGUGCAUCCCUACCAACAAAAGUUUGUUUUUAAUGUCACUAUUUACUGUACACUGGCAGAGACCGUUCAGGAUUAUUUCCAUUGAUUUGUAACUGUCGUGAUCAUAACAUGGUGGCAUUGAUAUAUUUCUACUCUCACCGGGUUCCUUGAAAGUCUUUAAUUUGUAUGCAGAUCUUUAAGGUCUUUGAAUUGUGUGAAAAAGCGAAGAAAGUCUUUAAAAGUUCUUUAAAAUUAAUUAUUUAGUGAGUAUUUGCUUAUAUGAUUUCCUAUAGCUAAUAAAAUAGAUUGAUUGAAGAGCAAGGUUCUCGCAAAUAUCGACGACAAGGUACAUUUUAAGAUGUGUUGUGGCGGGACUAAUCACUGGGCAAAAAUGGUGUUUACGCUCGCAAGUUUUCGACAGCUAAUUGUUCUCAAAGAUCUUUGAAAAGUCUUUGAAAAUAGGCAGAAAAAAUCUUUGAAUAUUUUUGGUCUCGGAGACUACGAACCCUGUAUCAGUGAAUUAAUAUACAGCAAACUAAAAGUCCAAACUAUGUCCGAUCUACUAGUGACCUUGGUUGGGUCAUGCCUGAAUGUAUCUGGUUGACACCAUGCAGAAAGCUGUGGAUUGAGAGAUAUUCAACUACCUGAACAAUAUAAGUAAAACGUCGACGUUUCAAGCGAAGAUCCUUCGUCGGGAAGUUAGUACCAUGCUACUGACUUCCUUACGAAGGGCCUUCGCUCGAAACGUCGUAGGUUUACUUGUAUUUUUCAUGAAGUUGAAUCCCUCUCAAUCCGAAGUUUUCUGGUGUUAUUGUCAUAACCUACGCUGGCAUAGACCCAGGGCCGUAGCUAGACCGCUAAUAGAGAGUUUAGCGAACUUAAGCAAAGCUUAAUCUUGUACGGGGACGUGUCAAGAAACAGCCUUAAAUUUUACCCUUUUAGAAUUAUAAAGAACUACCGUUAUUGAGAACUUCAACAAAGCAGAACGAAAGUGCAACGAGAACAGCUAAUAAUAUCAUAUUAGUGCAAGAAAAUGAGCGGAAAUUAAUAAUUGAAAUCUCACGGGCGUUUUAGAUGUCGCCGUAGCUUUGUUUCACAACGGCAAAAUACAGAUUAUCACGUCUUGUAUACAACGCUUACAAUUCAAGCUGGGACAACUGCUAUUUUAAGUUGGGUGCUGGAACUUUUCUCAAUCAUAAACCCAGUGUAAUUAGUUUUGGUCCUUAAACUGCAUUAUUUUCAUACAAUGCAUAAUAGAAGACAGGUUUUCUUCUGGAAUCAUUUGGUUCAACGAGCUUCUUUGCCGUAGCCGUCGCGUUCCCGUCUAACAUACGACAACGACAACGGCAACGGGGAAAAUAUAAUUGCUUAUAUUAUUGUAUUUGAGCUAAAGUAUACGUUACUACACUUAAUUAUUUGCCUUUUUAAGUGUUGUUGCUUCUCUAAAACAGCUAUCUUAUAGGUAAAAAUAGUCCGCGAAUUCAAAUAAAACACCUCAAAUAACAUCGAACGAAUUAACUGUUGAUUUCUUUUGAAAACGAUUGGUUUUACGGUAUGUGAACAUGAAUAUGCACCCCCUCCCAAUCAUCGCGUCUAGCUACGGCCCUGCCACAGAAUAAAGAUCAGUAACAUAAGGGCCACUCAGCGGUGCAACGUGUCCGCAUUUUUUUUAUGCAAAAAUAUGCAGUUUACUAGCCAGAAGGCAGAGCAGCCAGCCAAUACAGCGUGUUUAUUGGCCAGAAAAUGUCAUUGACUGGCUAGGAAAAUGGCGGCUAACAUGCGUAAUGCGACCUGCGCGAGGACAGAAACUUCAAAGCUUCCGACGUAAGUUGCCUUUCUAUAUGGAUCUUUAUUCUAUGGCCCUGCAUUAUAGACCGUUCGAGUUUAUAUGUUGUUAAGUUGCUAUAUAUGUGAAAGAGAUACAACUACCUGAAAUAUAUAGGCAGAACGUCGACGUUUCGAGCAUACAACCUUUGCCCCUCAGCGUAGCUAUCUCACUCACACCGUAGUUGUUUGCUAUCGUCGCCACCUACUGUACUUACCAGCCUACCACCGACCGUUCGAGAUUAGUUUCGUUAUCACUAUAUAAUCAGUAAAGACUGUUUUGUAUACAGCAUGUAAAAGACGAAAUUAUCAAUUUCACAUGGUCGAACACGAUGUGUUCAUGAGAGCUGCUACCAAAUCGUUAUAGUAUUGUUAAAUGAUUUGUCGUUCAACCAGGUUAGAAAAUCUGGAAAGGCUGAAAAUCAGGUGGAAUGAAAUUUACAUAUUAUGACCGCGGCUCUGUCAAAAUUGUCUUGAAAAGACGUACCAAUUCGGAGUGUCUUCUGCACAUCCAAAUGACGCGUUCUCCGCCGGGAACAAAUUUCAGUUGAACCAUAUAACGUGUAGAUGAGACUGUGAAGCAAAAUAAGGAAACGUGCACCUGAGGGAGUAUAUCUUCUAAUUUAAAACAGUCAACAUUGCCGAAACAAACAUUUGAGCAACUUUUGCGUGUUCAAAUGAUAAUUGAAGUCUUGAAGAGUUGAAUAAUUGGAUAUUCAUAUUAGAACUCUUCCAAUUUCAAUCAGUCUUAAAUGUUAUAGUUCAACUGAAAUUUGUUCCCCGCGCAGAACCUGUGUUUCAAAAAAUAUUUUCUUAUAGAUUUAUAUUUAGGGCAAAAGUACACAAUACACCCAGGGACGCCGGAACGAUGUGAAGGCACGGGGGAGAGAUUUUCGUGAAAGGGCACUUUUGAAUUGAUAUAUCCUAUUAGGUGUUUACAAAACAUCGAGAGUUGAACUUCGCCUGAUCAUGUUUUCUAUUUAUUCGAUGAUAGGGGUGUGAGGGGGUUCUCCGCCAGGCGAUUGUGCUAUUCUUGAAGCUCGAUGACUGCAUUUCUUGCGUUUUCAGAAGCAAAUUCGAAAAAGAAUCGCACUAACAUUUCUGACAAUUCGCUAUUUCGCCAAGGUAAUCCUUUAAAUUGAAAGGGUACCUUUGCCCCCUUGCCCCUCCUGGUAAAGGGCAACGGGGGCGGCUGCCCCUCCUGCCCCCCCCCCCAGUUCCGGCGUCCCUGAAUACACCCUUCCGGAAAGUAAUCAGUCUAUAGAGCCUCGUUUUCGUGAUUGAGAGCCCUUUAUCUUAAUUGAUACAGGUGACCUAUUUAUGAAAUCAUACAUGCAUGCAGGUAUUUCAUUGAAUAUAAUAAGACCUGUUUGUAAUGUUACUCUGAGUGUAUAUCCACACCGGGCGAGCUUGAAAAAUAUGCCCGGCCACGGUUGGAAUCGAACCUACGACCUUUGGAAAACUAGCCCAAUGGUCUGCCAACUGAGUUACGCGGUCAGGACGGUUCGAGUAAGUGAUAUUUCGGAACAGAAUCUAGUUCCUUCGAUACCAAUGUAAUCUAGUAAUAUGAUUUUUCUCUGUGUUGUUUUAUUGGGUUAGUUUUCCAAAGGUCGUAGGUUCGAUUCCCACCGUGGCCGGGCAAAAACAAACAUUAUAUCACAAACAUUAUAUUCACCUGAGUACACAACACCAACACAGAAAAAAGAAAAAAAAAUCAUAUUACUAGAUUACAUUGGUAUCGAAGGAACUAGAAGCUGUUCCGAAAUAUUACUUACUCGAACCGUCCUGACCGCGUAGCUCAGUUGGCAGAGCAUUGGGCUAGUUUUCCAAAGGUCGUAGGUUCGAUUCCCACCGUGGUCAGGCAUAUUUUUCAAGCUCGCCCAGUGUGGAUAUACACUCAGAGUAACAUCACAAACAUUAUAUUCACCUGAGUACACAACACCAACACAGAAAAAUCAUAAUAAGACCUGUUUAUGUUUAUGUCAGCGGUAACAAGAUAAAGGGCUUAGAGCCAAUGUCCAUGCUGAGCACUUUCCAGAAAUAUGUAUUGCUCAAUUUUUCACAUAUCUGUCCUACUAUUCUGCCUUUCAGAAAUAAAUUACUUAAAAGAAAGACUACCACUCGUUAAAUACGAACCAACGAGGUCUGUUCUCAAGAAGUAUGGAGACGGUGGAGUGGCAAUCAUUGAUCAAUGGAUAUGUGCACACGCCAAGUAUUUUGUCGGAACUAAGGAGUCGACGUUUUCUUUUAGAAUUCAAGAAGAAAGGGAUAUCUUAGGUUUUAAUGCGGACACAACAUUUAACUGCUUGUUCUGA